AUGGCUAAUCGUAACAAUAUUUUAGUUUUAUGUUUCUUAAUAGGUUUAGGGUUAUGCUCUGCAAGAAGAUCACUUCUCACCUACUCUGAAUCCGAGGCUGAAGUCGCUUCCUAUGGCGAGAAAAGUAGUUUGAGUGUUGGUGUUGGCGUUGGUGCUGAUGUUGAUGUUGGUAUUGGUCUUGGUGGUGGUGGAGGCGGAGGAGGAUCUGGUGGUGGACAUGGUGGUGGUGCUGGAGGAGGUGGCGGCGGUGGUCCUGGAAGAGGAUCUGGUUAUGGAGGUGGAAGCGGUGAAGGUGGUGGAGCUGGAUACGGAGGUGGAGAAGCUGGUGGGCACGGUGGAGGUGGAGGAAGCGGAGAAGGCGGUGGUGGAGGAGCUGGCGGUGCACAUGGAGGUGGAUACGGGGGUGGAGAAGGCGGUGGUGCUGGAGGAGGAUAUGGAGGUGGAGGGGCAGGUGGACAAGGGGGUGGUGGAGGUGGUGGAAAAGGAGGCGGUGGAGGAGGAGGUUCUGGCGCCGGUGGAGCUCACGGUGGUGGUUACGGUGCCGGAGGUGGAGCUGGAGAGGGAUACGGUGGUGGCAGUGGAGCUGGGGGACAUGGUGGUGGAGGAGGAGGAGGUGGUGGUUCAGGAGGUGGGGGAGGUUAUGCUGCAGCUGGAUCUGGACAUGGUGGCGGUGCUGGUAGCGGAGAAGGCGGUGGUGGAUAUUGA